AACUUUCUAAAUCUGCAAAAACCAUCAACCAUUCCCAUGUUUGCCUGGACCAGCUGCAUGAAUACUGCACCCCUCUCUUCUAAAUCUAUUUGGAGCUAGAUUUUACACUGCGAUGCACACUUUAAAUAACUGCAUUUUUACAUGGAUCUAUUGUGAUUUCUGAUAUCCCAGAUAAAAAUAUAAAUUAUCCUUGUGUUUUGUUGAACAAGUAGUAGAGAAUACAAAGGAUACUGAACUGAACAGCAGAUAUGGAAUUCUACAGAGGAUAAAAUAAAUGAGAUAAAUUCUGGUCACAUUUGGAUAAAAUAAAAGACUUCUAUCAGGAAUACUUCUAAACUACAACCACCUUGAACUACAUCCUGAUUUGCCAUUGCACAGGAUCUCCCUCCUACAGUCGCUUUACUUGCAUGUAAACGGGGGUCUGGUUUAAAGUUCAGGGCAAAACAACUACUUUUAUUUAAAGACAGCUGUUGGGUAUUUAAAAUAUGGAAUAUGGCCAACGUCUGAGUAAUACUUAUGGAUACAGAGGCAAACACUUUUAAUACAGCUACUGUGUUUUUGUCCCUGCCAGUUGUAAAUAUUUUUGUAAGGUUUCUUUAUAUGGAAAUUGAGUCUUUUGUUAUUAGAUAAUAUAAUGUAUACUUCUUGCAUUGCUUUGAAUUGGUAGUAAAAAUCCUUACCUAAGUGAUUAUUUUAAUAUAUCAAGCUCUGCAGAUAUUGCAUUUUUUUCUGUUGUUUUUUUAUGUGUACAUAGUCUAUAUAAAACAAAGAUUACAUGGUAACAUUUGUUACUAGAAUACAAUGUCAUGGCUAAAUAUAACCAUAGUCUUUGUUAUAAAAUGUAAGUAUAGAUUACACAUGCUGUGAACUGUAAUGUAAGAGCAGGUUACACAAUUAUAGUGUAUUCUUUCUGUGUUAGACGACUGCCAACGACAAAGAAUCAGUCAUUCAUUACGGCCCAUCAGGUAAAAAAAACCCCACCAGCGUUAAAUUGAGAAGCCUGCUGGCAAUCUGAUAUAGAUUUCAAAAAGGAAACACAGAAGGUAGCUGAAGGAUUUAAAUACUGAGAGUUAAUAAGGGGUUUGUAUGCCAAGGUGGGAAAAGUGAUCAUGUAUUAAAUACAAGGAGGUAUUAGAACAGAAUCAAUUUGCUGUAAGAAUAGAGAGCACUUAGGCUUGUUUUAGAAAUUGCUCACUGAAUUUCUGCACUAGUGUGACCAUUAAUUAUAGGGUGUUGAUAUGGUUAAAUAUAUUUGAUGCAUUUAUCAGAUAAAUAGUUUGUUUUUUUUAAAAUGUCAUUUGUUUCCUAUUUGUGGUGAUUGAUUUCCUGUAAAAAAAAAAAUAAGACAAAUUUUGACUGACUAAACAGUUUUUUUAAAUAUGUAUCUUAAAAAAAUGAUUUGCUCAGCUCAGCUCUUAGUAUAGAGAUGGAACCCAGUCAGAGAUUUUCUAUCAUCUAUAGAUAUUUACAUAUAUAAGGAAAGACAUAUCUGGUUGUAUGGAACCAUAGGAAUUUCCAUGAGCAGAUCGUGACAGCUAUGGCAUUUUGUUUACACUUAUGCCAGUGUGUGUACAGAGUUUCUGAGUGACUGCAGAUAUCUCUGUUAAAUUUUACAUCAGUUUGAUAUAUUGACUGAUACCCUCCCUGCUGCCAAGCCUAUUUUUUUUUAUCUCCCUGUGUAAUGUAAACAGACAUCAUAAAAAAAUACCAAAUAUUGUACAACUCACUAUAUAUAUAUAUAUAUUUUGAGGUCUACAUAUCAUUUGAAUUUAGGCAUUUUAAUAAAAUGCUCAUUUUAAAAUCGCUAUGCAAGUUUUCUUAUUGAUUUUCUAGGAGAUAAAUAACUGAAAAUAUUUUUUCUCUGGAAAUGCUUUCUGUUAUAUCCUCUUUUUAUGAACCACAUAUUUUUUUUGUAUUGUUCGACAGAUAUUUAUAGCUAAUGGGACAGAAGAUACACAUAUAAGAUUGGGUGUGGUUUAAGAUAACACCAUCAAAAAAAUCUUAGAAAUAAGCUGUGGAUCUUGUAUCAUUGAAAAUGCUGCAAUAUUGCAAUAUGUGCUCUUUAUAUUCAUCCAUUGCUUUAGAAUUAGGUGACUUUGUCAGUGGAACUGUCAGUCGAAGAUCUAAACUGUUUUCAAAUUUUUGAAAACCUGUUGUAACGCUUCUUUAUCAUGGAGAGCUUUUUUCAGCGUCAUUUUGGUAAGUCACAACUCUUACAAGAAGACAGGAGAUUGAGUCUGACAGCUUCCAAGGUCAGGCGCAAGUCUGGGGCCGGAGCACCGUCAUUGGAAUUGUUGGCUCAAAGGAGGCUAUCUACUCAGACAUGUGGGCAUUGGACUCAAAGCAAGAAAAAAGAUGCCAAAAAUCGCAGAAAAUCAAGCACAGCCCCUGUUAAAGUGAACCCACGCUUUGCUGUAAAGGGUAUCAAAAGAAAAGCAUUUAUAUCUUCAAAAAUCCCCACUUUGGAAGAGUUGCUGUGGGACAUCUGGGUAGAUUGUGGGUUACAAAAACAAAGUGAUCUACAAAACAUUGACCAAGGCAAUAAGAAAUCCUUUUUACCUGGACAGCCCACCUCUAGCAGUUACAGCUCAGACAAUGAAACUGGCACCGAUGUAAUAUCAAGGAAAGCGAUUUCCCGGUCAGGCCUGCAGCACCUUGCUCCUGUGCAUUGUCCUAAUGUGGCCAUUUCCAACGGACCCGUGAAAGAGCCUCGGACCAGCCUGGACUGGACUGAAAAUGCAGUUAACGGUGAACACCUGUGGCAAGAAACUAACCUGUCUGGUGACCUUUGUUACUUGGGAGAGGAAAACUGUCAAGUUAAAUUCUCAAAAUCUGCUCUCCGUAGAAAAUGUGCAGCCUGCAAAAUCGUGGUUCACACUGCUUGCAUGGAGCAGUUAGAAAAGAUUAAUUUUAGAUGCAAACCCACUUUUCGGGAUGGUACGUCUCGGACUCCAAGAGAAGUCAGACAUUUUUCUUGUUGUUCUAACCAGCAGAAUCUGGUGAGACAUCACUGGGUGCAUCGCAGGAGACAAGAGGGGAAGUGCAAGCAGUGCGGCAAGGGGUUCCAGCAGAAGUUCUCAUUCCACAGUAAGGAGAUUGUGGCUAUCAGCUGUUCAUGGUGUAAGCAGGCGUUCCACAACAAGGUGACCUGCUUCCUGCUGCAUCACAUAGAGGAGCCUUGCUCCCUGGGGGCCCACGCAGCUGUUAUAGUCCCUCCUAGCUGGCUCAUUAAGGUGAAGAAACCUCAGGUCAAUGCAAAAAAUUCCAGUAGAAGGAAGAAAAGAACAUCGUUCAAACGAAAAGCCAGUAAAAAAGGCUUUGAGGAUAUUAAAGGCCGGGCCUUUGUUAUAAAACCCAUCUCCUCCCCCCUCAUGAAACCUUUGCUGGUCUUUGUGAAUCCAAAAAGUGGAGGGAACCAGGGUACAAAGGUCCUACAAAUGUUCAUGUGGUUCUUAAAUCCUCGCCAGGUGUUUGACCUAUCUCAGGAAGGACCACGAGAAGCGCUGGAGCUGUAUAGAAAAGUGCCAAAUCUCCGUAUUCUUGCCUGCGGCGGUGAUGGGACGGUGGGCUGGAUCCUCUCUGUCUUGGAUGAGCUGCAGGUCAACCCUUCUCCCCCGGUAGCAAUUUUGCCUCUUGGCACAGGGAAUGACCUCGCUCGCACCCUUAACUGGGGAGGGGGGUACACAGAUGAGCCUGUGUCAAAAAUUCUCUGCCACGUAGAAGAUGGUACCAUAGUGCAACUAGAUCGAUGGAACUUACAUGUGGAGAGGAAUCCUGACCUUCUCCAUGAGGAACUGGAUGAUGGGACACAUAAGCUUCCACUAAAUGUUUUCAAUAACUACUUCAGCUUGGGGUUUGAUGCGCAUGUAACGCUGGAGUUUCAUGAAUCUCGAGAAGCAAACCCCGAGAAAUUUAACAGUCGUUUUCGUAACAAAAUGUUCUAUGCAGGGGCUGCAUUCUCUGACUUUUUGCAAAGAAGCUCCAGAGAUUUAGCCAAACAUGUAAAAGUUGUGUGUGAUGGCACUGACUUAACUUCCAAGAUCCAGGAAUUGAAGUUUCAGUGCAUAGUCUUCUUAAAUAUUCCCAGGUACUGUGCUGGCACAAUGCCCUGGGGCCAUCCAAGUGAUAACAGAGACUUUGAACCCCAGCGUCACGACGAUGGUUAUAUCGAAGUCAUUGGCUUCACAAUGGCAUCACUAGCUGCCCUCCAAGUUGGAGGUCAUGGGGAGAGGCUCCAUCAGUGUAGGGAAGUGACCCUACUGACGUACAAGGCUAUUCCCAUGCAGGUUGAUGGGGAACCGUGUCGGCUCGCGCCCUCUCUGAUCCGGAUAUCUUUAAGGAACCAGGCAAACAUGAUUCAGAAGAGCAAGAGGAGGACGUCCAUGCCCUUACUUAAUGAUACCCAUAAAGUGCCCUCAGGUGACCACAGACGCGUGUCUGCUCCCCCGGAUUCCUUCACUGUCCCGCAUUCUGUGCCAGACCGACUACGUAUCCGAGUCAACAGAAUCCGUUUGCAGGAAUAUGAGGGGCUGAAUUACGAUAAGGACAAGUUACGCGAAGCCUCUAUCCCGCUAGGUAUUAUAGUGGUACGAGGAGACUGUGACCUGGAGACCUGCCGAAUGUAUAUUGAUCGUCUGCAGGAGGAUCUUCAUUCUGUGACACAACACAGAGAAAACUGCCAGGAUCAUGAUGGCUCCUUCCCACAGUUGCUCUCAGCUCAACGGCUAAACCCACGAUGGUGCUUCCUUGAUGCUUCCUCUGCUGACCGGUUUUAUCGCAUCGACAGGUCACAGGAACAUCUGCAUUUUGUAACUGAGAUCUCCCAAGAUGAGAUAUUUAUCCUAGACCCUGAGACAGCCGGAUCCCCGCAGGAGAGCACAGGGAUAGGAAUGCCAGAUCUUGUAGUAGAGCAGCCAUCAGGGCCGUCAAAAUGGUUGACUACAGCUUCCCGGAAACGGAUAGUGAGCGACAGCAGUGUGCCAGGAAGGAUUCCCAUGCACUAUGACACCUUAGACCAGGGACCAUCAUCCUCCCCAUCUCUGCAAUCACCAGUGUCAGUGGAAGAACAAGCACUUCUAGAUGCAGUUGUUGCAGGUGAUCUUGCUAAGGUAACAGAGUAUUGCAAGAAAGGGGCAAACUUACGGAUCCAGGGACCAGAGACAGGAUCCUUGCUUCACGUGGCAGCUAGAGAGGGACACAGCGAGAUCGUUCAAUACAUCUUACAACAGGGGCCUUCAGAUUUGCUGGAAAUGGCAGAACGAACCACGGGAGAGACAGCACUACACAAAGCCGCCUUCCAUCGGCACAGACGGGUUUGCCAAAUCCUUGUAGAUGGCGGAGCCUGUGUUUUAGUGAAAGAUGCCAAGGGCAAGACACCUUAUGACAAAGCCCAGGAGGCAGGAGAGACAGAACUUGCAUCUUACCUGGAAAUGUGUCAAGCCAAGCAGCAGGUUUCCAAUGAAGAUCUAGAAACGGCAGUCUAAUGGGGUGACAUAUACUCCAGGAAGAGAUGAGAGACCCUCAACAGUAAGCCCCUGGAGAACAUCAUCCCAGGUGGAAGAAGCUGGAUGAAUAAAGUUCCCCUCCCUCAUGCAAAAUAACCAGUGGAGGAUUUCUGUCCAGUUUCUAAGGGCUACUGAGUCUUGCCAUGGAUUUGCAGUUCUCUUAUGCAUUGAUGUUGGCGAAGAAAGGGUAAAGAGGAGCAGAGCUGGGGCUGACAGCCCACCUCAAGUGGAAACCUAUCUGUUUUCCAGUAGGAAGCAUGAACCUGUCCAGUGUCUUUAUUCUCACUAUGGUCAAAAUUCACAAAGCCCAGUCAGAGUGAAGAACGUCUAGGCCUGUUCAGUGUUAUAAACCUCACUCUCUGUUUUGGUAUCUGCAGUGCCGAUUUAUUAAAAUGGAAGAGACUGAACUAUAGUCUAUGUGUGGCUAAAAUUUUGGGGAGGUUAUUUCCAAAAUAUAAAUAAUGUAUCAACCUUCUUGUUAUUUGGAAGCAAACCUGUAUUGUUUCCUUCUUUUAUAAACAACAUGUCAAACUUUAA